CUCUUAGAAAAAAGCUUUCCUCCUCUGCAAUUCGAAACACUGAAGUAGAGUGCAGAGUCUAGUUUUCUCAAAGCCAGAUUGACCAAACCGGUUCAAUUGAAAACCCAGUCAUCUGGUUGGGUUGAACCAUCAAUUGAACCGCCACGCAAGUUCUCAGGUCUCACACACUCGCACAACGCAAGCAGCAGGCAGCACCGCCACUGGCAUAAGCUCUACUCGUUAUCUCACUCUCGUCGUUUGGGUUCACCGGUAGUUCGCUUCGCCGUCGUCUCUGGUUCUACUCGCCGUCGCUGGUCUGCUCGCCGUUGCCGUCGUGUUUCAUCCAACUGCCUGGUGACUAUUUGUUGCAGUUAUUUAGUUGCGAGUAUAAGAGUGAAGAUAAGGAGGAUAAAAUUGUAAAUGACCAAACUGGUUUAGAUGCAGGGCAGUUAUGAAUCUGUUGUAACUGUUCUGAAACCGGAUUGAACCGGCCGGUCAGACCGGUCCAACCACGAACCGGAAAUAUUAACGGCCUAAUCAGACAUGUAAAACAGUUGAAAAACCGCUGAAUCGGCUGGAAUCCGACCGGUUGGAUCGAAGCGGGACCCGGCUUUAAACGAAGCUGCUACUCCGUUUCUUUCUCCCUUUCAUUCUUUCAUUCAGAAAGAAAUCACAGAAACUUGGCCAAAGAAGCAUGUAAGCCUACACCACCGCCGCAAGGAGUGGCAUAUUGCAGCCGUCCAUUAAGUUCGCCGUCCGUCUGUCUAUCUAGCUUCCCUCGUGCUCCAAGUCUUCAACCCCUGUUCGUUGUCACCGAUCGCAGCUGCUUCCUCGAGCUCGGCGUCCGUCGUCUUUGUCUCCUCAGCCGCGCUUCCGCCGCCGUUUGUUUGCCGUUCACCAUUCGAGUUCUCAUUCGCGUUCGUCUGGAAGCCACGUUGCUCUGCUUCAAACUCUGCGACCAACCCGCGCGCUCCACCUUGCCGUCGAACUGCUCUCUAAUGUCGCCGCCAAUACAAGUAUAGGAUGAUCCUUUCCACAGCUCCAGAAGUAACAACAGUUCUUGCUUUUUGUUUGAAGUAGUGGAUGUUUUCAGCCUCCACAACAAUAGCAUGCUCUUGCGCUGCAGUUCACUGAAGUGCAAGCUGCUACUGCCAUUGCCACUGCCGCUCCCACAACUCAUCACUACUCGCCUCUCUUCUUGUUCCACUGUUACAGUCAAUCCCACAAUCUUAAAACAAUGCAGUUCCCUAAGCCAUGCCAAGCUCCUGCAACAGCAAGUCACAGUGCAGGGCCUUCUCCACCACUUCACUCGCCACCUCAUCGCCACAUACAUUGCACUCAGCUCCACCAUCCGUGCCACUGUCCUCCUCCUCACCCUCCCCCCAUCGCCUCUCUCUGUUUUCUGGUGGAAUCAGCUUAUAAGGCGCUCCCUUCAUCACGGGGACCCUCACGGCUCCCUUGCCCUCUACCAUCAGAUGAAGGCUCAUGGGUGGACCCCUGACCACUACACCUUCCCUUUUGUCUUUAAGGCCUGUGCUGAUAUUCCCUCUUUCUCUGCCGGCACUUCCCUCCACGCUGCUGUUCUACGAUCUGGCUUUGACUCUAAUGUUUUCGUUUGUAAUGCUGUGGUUGGCAUGUACAGUAGGUGUGGCUCUCUCCAAGACGCGCGCAACAUGUUUGAUGAAUUGUGCCAAAGGGGAAUUCAGGACUUGGUCUCUUGGAAUUCCAUUGUGUCUGCUUGUUCUCGUGCUUCUGAGACAAAUACGGCACUUCAAUUGUUUGUUGAAAUGACCACUCGUCAUUGGGUGUCGCCAGAUCCUGUGAGCCUUGUUAACAUACUUCCUGUUUGUGCUUUUGUUGGUUCUUCGAUGCAGGGGAAACAGGUUCAUGGGUUUGCUGUUAGGAGUGGGUUGGUGGAUGAUGUUUUUGUGGGGAAUGCUAUUGUUGACAUGUAUGCCAAGUGUGGUAAGAUGGAUCAAGCAAACAAGGUUUUUGAAAGGAUGAAGUUGAAGGAUGUUGUUUCUUGGAAUGCUAUGGUCACAGGGUAUUCUCAGACUGGAAUGUUUGGGGAUGCUCUCUCUCUGUUUGAGCAGAUGCGGCAGGAGAAUAUCAAGCUGGAUGUUGUGACAUGGACGGCUGUGAUUGCUGGGUUUGCCCAGAGAGGGCAUGGUUCUGAGGCUUUGGACGUGUUUCGGCAGAUGUGCAACUGCGGAUCUCAGCCGAAUGUUGUUACUCUGGUGUCUCUGCUUUCCGGCUGUGCAUCUAUUGGCGCAUUGCUUCAUGGGAAAGAAACUCAUUGUUAUGCCAUCAAAUUUAUGCUGAACUUGGAUGGAAAUGAUCCCCGGGAUGAUCUGAUGGUAAUUAAUGGUCUGAUUGACAUGUAUGCUAAGUGCAAAAAUGUUGCUGUAGCCCGUACAAUGUUUGAGUUGAUGCCUCCCAAGGAUAGAGAUGUGGUUACCUGGACUGUGAUGAUUGGUGGUUAUGCACAGCAUGGUGAUGCCAACCAUGCGCUACAACUUCUCUCUGAAAUUUUCAAUAUGGGUAACUCUUUAAAGCCUAAUGAUUUUACUUUAUCUUGUGCCCUCAUGGCUUGUGCUCGUUUAGCAGCAUUGAGAUUAGGAAGGCAAAUUCAUGCUUAUGUGUUGCGCAAUCGGUAUGACUGCAUUGUUCUAUUUGUGGCCAAUUGUCUAAUAGACAUGUACUCCAAAUGUGGAGAUGUGGAAACUGCUCAAGUUGUUUUUAAUAACAUGCCAGAGAAAAAUUCUGUAUCUUGGACAACUUUAAUGACAGGUUAUGGUUUGCAUGGACGUGGUGAAGAUGCUAUCCGGGUUUUUGAUGAGAUGAGGAAAGUUGGUCUAGUGCCAGAUGGCAUAACCUUUCUUGUUCUGCUUUAUGCUUGUAGUCAUUCAGGAAUGGUGGAUCAUGGAAUCAAUUUCUUUUAUAGAAUGAGACAGGACUUUGGGGUUCCUCCUGGUGCAGAGCAUUAUGCAUGCAUGGUUGAUCUUCUGGGUCGUGCUGGUCGCUUAGAUGAAGCCGUGAAACUCAUUAAUUGCAUGCCUAUGGAACCAUCUGCAGUAGUGUGGGUGGCCUUGCUUAGUGCAUGUAGGAUACAUUCAAAUGUAGAGCUUGGGGAACUCGCUGCCAGUCGAUUAGGGGAAUUGGAGUCUGGGAAUGAUGGGUCAUACACUCUGCUUUCAAACAUAUAUGCUAAUGCUAGACGUUGGAAAGACGUGGCUAGGAUUAGAUAUUUGAUGAAAAAUACAGGUGUCCAAAAAAGGCCUGGCUGUAGUUGGGUCCAAGGAAGGAAAGGCACUGCAACCUUCUUUGUGGGAGACAGAUCCCACUCGCAAUCUCAGCAGAUAUAUGAAACACUUGCAGAAUUGAUUCAACGCAUUAAAGCCAUUGGAUAUGUUCCUCAGACAAGCUUUGCUCUUCAUGAUGUAGAUGAUGAAGAAAAAGGUGACCUGCUUUUUGAACAUAGUGAGAAAUUGGCCCUUGCCUAUGGCAUCCUAACAAUUCCUCCAGGAUCUCCUAUUCGGAUCACCAAGAAUUUACGCAUUUGUGGUGAUUGCCACAGUGCCAUAACCUACAUAUCCAUGAUUGUUGAACAUGAAAUCAUACUACGAGACUCAAGUCGUUUCCAUCAUUUCAAGAAUGGUUCCUGCUCAUGCAAAGGUUAUUGGUGACAGUGGUAUCAUUCUGAUCCAUUUAAAUGUAGAGCAUGCUUGCAAUGAUAGGUAACUAUCUUGUUGUGCACAUUAGACAUAUACAAUUAUCUUUAUAAUUAUAACUAUUUUAAGGCCUUCACUAGUGCAAUAAACCAAUCCUAUAAUGUCUUAAAGUUUAUAAUUGUUAAACACAAGGUCGUAUUCUGAUUAUGGAAUUAUGCCAACAUCUUGCUUAUAUAAAGUCUACUAAUUGAAUACUAAAUGUUGAUUGAUGUAAAUACUUCAUUAACCAAUUAUAAAUGACUUGCAAAUUUUGUUGUGCCAAUAUUAUGAUGGAAUCUGUUUUUUCUUGUUAACGUAAAAAAAUAGAUAUACUAGGAUUGAGCCAUGAAAACAGUUUAUUGGUAUAUUACUCCUAGUAUUUUCACAUGAUGGCUUUAAGGAUUUGAUCUUUGCCACUUAAUUGUGUGGGGGAAAAUUCUUGCUUAGGUAUUAACACAUAUUUUGUCAUAUGCACAAUAAAGAUGGUGGACCCAUGAAAACAAUGACUGUAUCUUGAAUAUAGUCCAAUUAUAUCCAUGCAAGAAUCACUAGUGUAAUGUGAGCCUAAGCAAGUUUGAAAAGAUCUCUCGUGUAAUGUAAUGAUCCAGUCUAUGGUAUCUCUCUAUAAUUCCAGUUUGUCUUAAAGUUUGCAUGUCCUUCAUUAGUUUGUUGUAUUCUGUCACAUGGCCAGGAUGGUAUGAUGAUUUUGAUCGAGCGGUAAGUGAGCGAGUUUGGUAUAGCAUAAGUUAUUUUCGUGGAAUACUUUACAAAUGAUUUGGUAUCCAGAACUGAAAAAUAAAACAAGAUAAAAUGAAAAUAAAGGCUCACAUUCAGUUCCUCUACUGCUUCAAGCUCCAUAGUCCUAGAGUCAAGCUCUUCCAUCCCAUUGGGGAAGAUGUCUGCGAAAUCACGGAGUCCUUGCUUCCUAGGCAUGGAAAAAAUACAGUGAGGCUUAGUAAUAUUGGUGUUUUGCUCUGAUUUUUUAUGGUAGUUUCUGUUUGAAUACUUUUCAAACUCUGGUGUGAGGAUCCAAAUGACUCUGUUCCAAUCUCAGCCUUAUGUGCCUUCUUCGUGUGGUGUGUUAAUUAUUGUUGACUGGUAGGCUGUUGCCUGGCAGUGACCUAGUAUUAACUAUUAACAGUAUACCCUGCCUUAAUCACUCUUGUUCCACUUUUAGCAUUUUGCUGGUGCAGAGGCUGAGAGAUGCAGGUUUGAACCAGCAGAUCUCCAAGGUCAAAGAUCACCAGCACAUUCUCGAAGAAGAGUUUCAACGUCUCGGCGAAGAUGUGGUGGGUUUGAAUUAGUUUUCUAUAAUAGGUUUGAUUUUAUCCCAGUGUAUUCUUUCAACAAAUAUAUGAAUAACUAGAUGAUUACUUAUUUCUUUAGUCUGAUUUGAGCAAUGUAAAACAUAAUGCUCUGCUAGAGGCUUUAGUUUAAAAUCAGUAAAUGUUAUUUAGCCUUUUUUGGGAUAGUUGUUACUCAAUGAAUACGGUGAUCCAAAAUUUGCGUUGUUCUAUUGUGCCUAGUGUUUAACAUAAACUUGAUUUGAGAAAAGAUAAUUUCUUA